AUGAAUCAAAAAGAAGUUAAUCUAACAUCUUUAUCAAUUCAACAAUUGGAUGAAAUACGUAAGCAAAUUGAACUAGAAUUAAAUCAUCUUACAAGUAGUUUUACUAAAUUAAAACAAGCUCAAUUUAAGUUUCAAGAAUGUAAAAAUGCAAUAUAUUUAUUGUCUAAGGAAGAAGGUGAAAAUAAAGAAAUGUUGGUUCCGUUAACAUCAUCUUUAUAUGUAUCUGGAAUUUUAGUUUCUAAGCCAGAAAAAGUUAUGGUAGAUAUUGGGACAGGAUAUUAUGUAGAAAAAACAAUUGAAGGUGCUAUAAAAUUUUAUGAAGAAAGAAUAAAAUAUUUAACUACUAAUUUAAAGGAUAUUGAAGGCUAUGUUAAUACAAAAUCUUCUAAUUUGAAAGUGGUUAUAGAUAUUAUUCAGGAAAAAAUCAAAAAUUCUGCUAUAUCUGUUGACUAG